UGCUUCAGUUUGUUACAAGUAAUUGAAUGGACUUCACCCUUUUUCCUUUUUAUAGCCUUGAUUAUAGCAUCAUAAUGUCUGGUGAUCCUGGUGGAAUAGAUCAAGUAAUUUUGGCAACUGGUAGUUAUGAUCACACAAUCAGAUUCUGGCAAGCCCAUAGUGGGUUUUGUACAAAGACUGUUCAGCAUCCCGACUCUCAAGUGAAUGCGAUGCAGAUUACUCCAGAUAAGAAACACCUAGCCGCUGCGGGAUACCAACAUGUCAGAAUGUACGACAUUAAGUCCUCUCAUCAAAAUCCAAUAAUAUGUUAUGAUGGACUGAACAAAAACGUCACUGCAGUUGGUUUUCAAGAAGAUGGUAAAUGGAUGUACACGGGUGGAGAAGAUCAUAUGGCUAGGAUAUGGGACAUGAGGUCUCGCAACAUGCAAUGCAAUAGAAUGUUUCAAGUAAAUGCUGCGAUAACAUCAAUAUGCCUUCAUCCAAAUCAAGCAGAAAUGAUUGUUGCUGACCAGGGAGGAUGUAUAAAUGUUUGGGAUCUUAGAUCUGACAAAACAGAGCAACUGAUACCUGAAGUUAAUGUUAGUAUUAACUGUGUUGAUAUUGAUCCUGAUGCAAGUUAUCUCGCUGCAGUGAACACACAUGGAACUUGCUUUGUUUGGAGCGUUUCUCCAGCUAAAACAUUGGAAGGUAUAAUGCAACUCAAUCCUCGAAGAAAACUCGAUGCACACAAAAAAUAUGGAUUGAAGUGCAAAUUUAGUCCCGAUUCAGUGCUUCUUGCAACAACAUCUGCCGAUCAAUCUGUAAAAAUCUGGCAAACGUCAAACUUUCAACCCUUAUCAACGUUGAAAUUAAACAGUACAGACCCAGCUGAUCCUCCCCACGGAUGGAUGUGGGAUUGUGCGUUUUCUGCGGACUCUCAAUAUAUUGUAACAGCAUCGUCUGACUGCAUGGCUCGAUUAUGGAAUAUCGAACAAGGCGUUGUAAAGCGUGAAUACAAUGGUCACACCAAAGCAGUAGUAUCACUGGCAUUUAACGACACUAUUUUAUGAGAUGUUUUUUCGAGAGCGACUAAGAAGUUUCUCCUUGCAAGUCUGGUGAUGUUCUGUACGCUGUGAUACUCUUCUUUAUUAACCAGCUGAAUUGAGUCGGUGAUCAAGUUUCAUGAGACCAAGUUUUAGGUGUAGGAUAUGGCAUCCAGUGGAAAUCAUGUAUUAUAUGGCUGUGGUAUGCACCCGAAAGAACGACUUUCGGGAGAUGUUCGAACUAGAGUACUGUAUUACGGUUAAAUUAUUUUCAGUUGUGCAAUGAUUUUUCAAUAAAUUUGUAAAUUUUCAAAGUGAAAUCCA